AUGACAGAUACCUCCCCAGUCGUCAUCACGCAUCCCAUCACGGACCCUUAUCCGGUCACCGUCCCGCUGCCCUCGCCUGGCGUUAACGGCACCGUUUCAGACUCUAUCGUCCCGGAAGAGGAGGAGCCGUAUACCAUCAAAUGCAUCUGCGCAUUCGAAGAUGACGAUGGAAACACGGUCUUCUGUGAAGGGUGCGAAACUUGGCAGCACAUAGAAUGCUACUACCACGGUCGAGAUGUGCCCGACGUGCAUAACUGUGUUGAUUGUGAGCCGCGUCAUCUGGAUGGCCGGCGUGCAACCGAACGACAGAGACGCCUCAGGGAGCAGAGUGAUGGCGGUGACCGGAAAACUAAGCGAUCUGGAAACAAGAGUCAUAAGAAAAAGAUUAAGGAACAUGGGGACCAUGUGAAUGGAUUCCAUCAUCGGUCGGAAUCUGGUGCCCGGGAUCAGCCCGUUACGAAGAAAGUCAAGACUAAUCACCGUGCUUCAGGGUCGAUUAGCUCUGUCUCGGGUGUUCCAGGUCUACCACCUGAUCCACGGAAACGUGCUGCAGCGUCACUGAGCCCGAUCAAGACCGCUGGCCCUACCAUUCCACUCUACUCGCACGAAUUUCUGCAUUUAUAUGAUCAUGACAACGACUACGCGAGUAUGGACAGCAAUUUAUUUGUCAACCUCCCCUUGGCCGCCGAUCUGGCUUCUUGGGUGACGGAACCUACGGCUCUAGCCCGAAUCGCCAACGGGCGAUCCGGGCAGGACAUUUUUACGUGGUCUGGGGCAUCACUUGACCGGUCGCGGUGGCCAAUCUUGUCAACGGAGUCGGUUACGGAUUCAAGUGUCGAAAUGGAGGGGCAGCAUCCGACCUGGAAAGUACUUAAGACCAGAGAUCGCGUAGGGAAGGAUGAGAUUGUCGGCGAGAUCACAGGUAAAAUUGGAUUGCUACGAGAUUACUGCCUCGAUCCUAGUAAUCGGUGGCAGGAGCUUCGUCAUCCGGAGCCUUUCGUGUUCUUUCAUCCCCAACUCCCUAUCUAUAUUGACAGCCGUCAUGAGGGAAGUGUUCUCCGUUACGUGCGGCGAUCUUGUCGUCCGAACGUGACGAUGAAGACUUACAUCACAAACCAGGUGGAAUAUCACUUCUGCUUCGUCGCGAAAGAGGACAUUGCCCCGGACUCGGAAAUUACUGCGAUGUGGUAUCUGGACCCUCAGCUGUUUGAAUCAACCAAUGGUCUAGUCAAGCAGGAAUCGAGUGAUAGUACCCAGGACAAUGCUGCCAUCUGCAUCAGCAAUGUCCUCGCUCAUUUUGGUGGUUGCGCUUGCGUACCGUCCUCAAACUGCUUGCUGGCCAGCGUAGAUCGCCGGCGGCACCCUAGAUCCUUGGACGCCAGCAUGAAACAGGCGAACCUCAAGCGGAAAAAGCCCAAGACGAAGCCAGUCAUCUCCCCCACAGCCAACAGCCGUGCUGGGAGCGAAACGACCAAAAUUCUUGAUGAUGAUGAUCAGGCGGACAGCCGCUCUGCGUCAGAUUCCGUUCGCGGACAGACCCGCAGUCGCGACCUGACACCCACCCUACAGAACCCGACUGAGAACCAUUUGUUGGGAGAUACCGAGCUUUCCGCCCGCGAAAAGCGAAAGAUCGCGGCCGCAGAGAAGAAAUUUCAGCAACUAGAGCAAGACCAGCAGACAACUAACAAAAGGAAGAAGCGAGCUAGUGGCCAGUCCACUCAUGGUCGCGAGCGUCAGUCACAUUCCCCGCCGACUGGUGCACUGCCUGGGCCGCUGCCUGGUGCGCGUCACGGCUCCCCGCGGAAAAUGUCCAACAGCCAUAGCAUACCUUCCAUGCGAUCUCCACUCAGUAGUCCUCAAUAUGUGGACUCUGCCAUCCAGACUGAGUCCGACGCCCCUAUUGGCGGGUCUUCCUCUUCGUGCUCAUCUCGACGGCCUAGUUUCGUGCCCUUGACACAACGCCUGCUAAAACGAUGUUAUUUCGAUCGCCUUCGCUUCGAAAACAGUACCCAACCUGUGUCACCUCAGGCAGAACCUCUUAUGUCCACAGAUUCGUCCCCCAGGGCACUGAUUCCCGGUGGGGGUCAACCACUUACAGCAUCAACCCCUAGUGUUUCGGGCGACAAGGAGGACACGGACAUGAAGGAUGUUGAUUCGUCUACCCAGCCCUCGCCCUCGCCCUCGCAAAAAUCCCACCAAGUGCACCUCGAGAUCUCGCCAUCAUCAGAUCGAGGCAUGGUCAAGCCGCCUUUGCCAUUUCCCCUGCCAUCAACAGCCGCUCAUAAUGCUCGAAUACCAAUGAACCCAGUCGGUCAGCGUCGUCCUGAGCUUCGUGUUCCUCUUUCUCUCACGACCACCGCCCCCAACCCACCCGCUGCUAGCCCUGGGUCCGCGGCGGUAUCGACGUUGUCUCCUACAGGAGACGCUCCUUCCCAACCUACCCUGUCUGCACUCGCCUCGUCGAGUGUGGCUGCUCCCAGCCCUGUGAAGAAGAAGCUCAGUCUGGGUGACUAUAUGAUUCGGCGUGGUACCAAGACGACUCCGUCGUUGGAGAAAACUCAGGCUCAGGCCCCUAGGAUCCUCCCUCCAACCCCAGCUGCAUCAGCUUCUGGGGUUCGCGAAUCAACGGCAAUUGAUCCGACAAUGUCGGCCGGUAGCAAAGCGCACGGAGAAAUGGACGGAAACAAAAGUGACGAUAGACAUUCCCAGGAUUCGAUCAUGAAAGAUAUCCCUGGGCCUACUCCUGCCUCUCAUCUGUCCCCACUCACGCGAUGA